AUGACCGCUGAGCCGAGCCUUAGUGGGGCUCGUUGCUUGGCCCUCCUCUCCACGGUCGGCAGUAUAGUAUUUUUGCCGGGCCAUACAAUAUACACAUCAUCUUUAUCAUCGUACUACUCCCUUGCUUCUUCGAGUGCUACACCUCUAUGCAUUGUUUCUCCCCAGACGGCACAAGAAGUAUCGGAUGUUCUUCAGGUAUUAAUAACGACAGCCAACACUCUCGAAGCGCACGAAAAGUCGGUUUGUCAGUUCGCAAUACGUUCUGGCGGACAUCUUGGUUUUAAAGGAGCCUCGAAUAUAGACGGCGGAGUCACGAUAGAUCUUCGGGCACUCAAUAGCAUCAACGUCAACGAGGGAAGAACUUCGACCUCUGUCGGAACUGGCGCCACUUGGGAUGCUGUAUACGAUACACUCGAUCCUCUUGGGCUCAGUAUCAACGGCGGUCGAGCGGCCGGCGUCGGCGUAGGAGGCUUGACACUUGGCGGCGGCAUCUCCUACUACUCACCACGCUAUGGUUUCACGUACGAUUCGGCAUCCGACUUUGAAACUGUUGUCGCUAAUGGAUCAAUCAUAUGGGGCGGUAUGACCUACCACCCUACCUCGACACUAGAAGGGCAGAUUGAUGUGUUCGUAAAGCUCAACUCGGCCGAAUCGUACGACGAGUACGCAUCACAAAUAUUAAUUUAUGCUUACACGGCUGUGAUGGACAUGGUACCGGUCAGCCUCAUUGUGAAUGAAAUCGAGUAUACCAAGCCUGUGGUCAACCCGCCUGUCUUUGAGCCGGUUAUGAGUCUGUCGAGAUAUUACAGUACCAUGCGUUUAGCCACAAUGGGGGAACUUGCAAGGGACGCUGGCGGCGCGCAGGCAAAAGGAUUAUGCCAAGUGUGGGCGACUGUGACGUUCGAGUCAAAACCAUCGAUGCUGAACGCUACGUAUAACCUGUGGCAAAAGGGUCUUACCGACGUCAAAAGCGUUUCCGGUCUCACUUGGGCCAUUUCACUGGACCCGCUACCCCCAGCCAUAUACGCAAAAGGCCCAGAUGCAAACUCAUUUGGGCUUUCCGGAAGAACAAAAUCUUUGGUUGUCAUGCUGCUUACGGCCAGUUUCACCCAUGUUUCCGAUCAAGAAAAGAUAGAAGAGGUUGCUCGAAAUCUCGUAUCUAGCCUACAGGAGGAAGCGCGCAAGCAAGAUGCAUUCGACCCGUGGGUUUAUUUGAAUUAUGCCGCAUCCUGGCAAAACCCUAUUGCGAGCUUUGGUGAAGCAAGCGUAAAAGACUUGGAAGAUGUGCGCAAAAGGGUUGAUCCUUACGGUAUUUUCACAUACAACGUGCCAGGAGGAUUCAAGAUUCAUAGUUCCGUCUAA